GACCCUGUGCUCCUGGCCCACAGACGUGUGGGGGGUCCCAGGUGGGGAGAUGCUGGCCGAGCUGGGGUCCUGUCUGCUGCUGGCAGUGGCUCUGCUGGGCCCAGGCCCCAGGGCCCGAGCCAUGAAAGGUGUCAAAUGUGGGGGAGUGCUCUCAGCACCUUCUGGAAACUUCUCCAGCCCCAACUUCCCCGGACUCUACCCCUACAACACGGAGUGCAGCUGGCUGAUCGUGGUGGCCGAGGGCUCCUCCGUACUCCUCACCUUCCACGCCUUUGACCUGGAGUACCACGACACCUGCGGCUUCGACUUCCUGGAGAUCUACAACGGGGCCGCGGGGGACCAGGGCAACCUGCUGGGGCGGUUCUGCGGCCAGGUGCCCCCGCCACCCUUCACCUCCUCCUGGCAUAUCCUGUCGGUCAUCUUCCACUCGGACAAGCACGUGGCCAGCCGUGGCUUUUCCGCAGGCUACCAGAAAGAUGCGUGCGGCGGCGUCCUGACGGGCCUGUCGGGGGUCCUCACCAGCCCCGGGUACCCCGACCACUACCCCAACGACGCGGAGUGCCGCUGGGUGAUCCGGGCCGCCGGCCCCGCCACCGUCAAGCUGGUGUUCGCAGACUUCCAGGUGGAGGGCAGCGCCGAGUGCGCCUACGACUACGUGGCGGUGCUGGGGGCGCCGGGGCCCGCCCGCGGGCACCGCUUCUGCGGAGGCGCCCGGCCCCCCGCCCUGGUGUCCCGGGGCUUCGAGCUGCAGGUGGUCUUCAAGUCCGACUUCAACAUCGGAGGCCGGGGCUUCAAGGCCUACUUCUUCUCAGGGGAAUGCCAGGAGGUGUACACAGCCGUGCGGGGCAACUUCUCCAGCCCCCACUACCCCAGCGCCUACCCCAACAACGUGCGCUGCCACUGGACCAUCCGCCUGCCUCCCGGCUACCGGGUCAAGCUGUUCUUCCUGGACCUGGAAUUGGAGGGGCCCAACAGCCUCACCAAGACCUGCGACUUCGACCACCUGGCGGCCUUCGACGGGGCCAGCGAGGAGGCGCCCCUGCUGGGGCGCUGGUGCGGCCGCCACCUGCCCCCGCCCGUCACCUCCAGCCGCAACCAGCUCCUGCUCCUGCUCCACGCCGACCGCAGCGCCUCCCGCAGGGGCUUCUCCGUGGCCUACAUUGGAGUUGUGCCCAUGAACGUGAGCUGCUCCCGCAUGGACUUCCAGAUCCUGAUCUCCACGCAGGCGCUGGCCCCGCUGGGGCGGACCCAGGUCUACCUGGGCAGCCGGCGCUGUGCGGCCCAGGAGGUGGACGGCACCUUCCGGAUCCAGGCCCGCUUCGACACCUGCGGCACCGAGUCUCAGAGGAGGAACAACACUUCGGUGAUCGUCAGCACGCUGUACAUCGACUUCUCGGCCGGCGGGCGGGAGGACGUGCACCAGUACGAGGUCCUCUGUGAGCCCCGGCGCAAGGAGGCCUCUGUCCGCCUGCUGUCCGGCUCCGACUGGCUGGGGCCCUACGCCGCCACGGCCGAGCACCUGCAGGAAGCGCCCCCCGCGGACGAGGCGGAGGCACUGCCGGGCCCUGCAGCCCUGGUGGCCCAGGACACCAGCGACAUGGUCUUCCUGGGCCUGUGCAUCCUGGCUGGAGUCCUCAUGGUCAUGGCCAUCGUGGUGCUGAUGCUGCUGUGAGCAGGCAAGCAGGAAGUGCAGCAUCCGUGCAGGAGCCUCCACUCUCCCGAACUGACCCAAGAACCCUGAGGACUUCGUCUAACGCAGCCCAGUCCCGCCUCCAACUCCACAACACAGAGCGGGAGCAGAAGCCCCAGCUAGCACUCUCAUUUCCCGCCCUGCCACAUGCAUGGUGUUCCUGCUGAAGACUGACUGUGUGCCCAUGGUGUUCCUGCUGAAGACUGACUGUGCGCAUCCUGGCGGGUGCCUGCCCACCGAGGUGGCGAUGCUCUGCUGGGUCAGACCCACACUGUGCUCCGUAGUGAGGCUGGAGGCCAGGGACUGGUGUGGUGCUGACGUUUUUCCUAAAAUAGCUUGUGAUCCUUGACUGAAACGCUGAUUGAAGUCCCGUGUGUCUCUGUCCUCCUCACCCCUGAUGCUGAGCUUUGGUCACAAACCACCCUUCCCCUGCAGAUGAGUCCUCGUGGAGCCCUCUGGGCCUUCUCCUGCCAUUGGACUUCACUCUGAGCUACUCCAGUGUACUCAGAGCUGCUCCAGUCCCCUCACAGUUUUCUAAGUUUCACCACGGGAGCAAGGGGCUGGGUCCCGGUGAGAAGACCUGAGGA